AUGCUGACCUCGAGCAGGCCCUUGCUCACCCGUCUACGAGCACCACAAACGGCCCUCCAAUUGAACGCCUGCUCCCACCCACACCACCACCCUUCAACCCCCUCAUCAUCACUCGUUUUCGCCCGAGGCAUGAAAGUCCGGUCAUCCGUCAAGAAACUUUGCGAUAGUUGUCAUAUUGUCCUCAGGAAGGGGAGGGUGUACGUUAUUUGCUCAGUGAAUCCAAGACAUAAGCAGGUGCGUUGGACUAGCUCUCAGAGCUGA